GGGCAGCGAUGGAGCGCGGGUCAUACUUCCAAGAGUACAUGCGGUCCAAAGCGCUAGCCAACCCAAGUGCUGGCAAGCAGGCCGUCGCUGAGACCAAGAAGCUGCUCACAGAUCGCGGAGCGUACAUCUCGUUCCUUGAAGUCCAGCUCGAGCGCGUCUCGGCGGCGUGCUUGCACACGCAAGGGCUCGAAACACAACUGCACACGAUGCAUAUUGCGCUGGAGGCCGCCGAGGCCAAGAUUGGCACGGUGACGAAGCUCCUCAAGCUGCACCAACAGCACUCGGGCGAGAUGGUCCAGAGCGCGUCGCAGGACAUCAGCACGCUCCAGGACACGAUCGAAGGGCUGCGCGAGACCGCGACGAUCCAUGGUACGCAGCUACGCCGACUCGAUGCCCGCCAAAAUGAGCUCGACGAAGUCUUGCAGUCCAUCGAUGCUCGCGGUCGCUCGGAUUGCGACAGUCUUCGCAUGCACCUCGACACGUCCCGAGAGACAAUGGAGCUCCAAGUGCACCGGUAUCAUACGCUGAUGGAUGCUCAGCACAACCGAUGGUCGUCGCUCCAAGCGUCGCAGCAAGAACUCGCUCGAGAGCUGAGCCUUCUCGAGACGCGGCUUGUCGAGCACACGGACAAGCACGUGGCGAUGGUGCGUGACGAGGCGACGGACCAGGGCGCGGCCAUGGAAGCGCGCUUCGUGGAAGUCGAUGAGAAGCUCAAGCGCAACCGGCAGUCAAUCGAGCAAUACUGCGCCGUGGAGCUGGCCCGCCACGCCUGCGCCGUCGAGACACGCUUCGAGAGUGUUGAGCAAAAAGAGGUCGUGCUCACGGAACAAUUGGCGCGGCAUCAAAAUCGAGUGCAGCAGCUUCUGCAGCGGCACCAAGAAGACGCGCGGCUUCUGAACACGACACUCCUCUCCCUACAGAACGACAUUGAGCGCGUCGAAGCUCGGCAUGACGCAAUGCCUGGAAAAGCAGCAGCCAACGCAGCAACGACUCCAAGUGAUGCACGGCUACUGACACUCGAGAAGGACUAUGCGAUUUGCAGAGAAGGUCUCGCUUACUUGCGCUCCGUCAUGGAACAUUUCGAAUCCACGCAGCUCCAGCUCGUCGAGGGGUGGAAUUCCAAGAUGGCGUUGUUGACGUCCCAAGUCGAAGGCCAUGCGCGCAGCGACACUGUGCAAAUCAGCGCUUCGGAAGUGGGCGAGCGACUAGCCGCGCUGGAAGCGACAUGGGACCCCGUUGUGCUCCAGAGUUUUGUCAAGGGCAUCGGGCGGGUCCAAAAGGUCGAACGCAAGAUGCAGCGACUCGUAGAGAACGUCCAGACACUGUACACACUUGUGGAAAUGACGCUACCGAAACGAGCCACCUAUGCGUCAGAAAUUGAGGACAAACCCGAGCAGCGAGAGUCUCCAAAUGAGGUGCACGAAAGCUCGCUGCCAAAGAAGAAACCUAGUCCGUCGAAAAAGAGUGCACUCCCCGAGCCAACAGCGUUGUCGUCGCCCACUCGCACCGUAGAAAAGCCUAGAAAGGCCAGAGUAGCCUCGGUAGUCCGGCACUAAUAGCUCACCAAAUAGACUAGCAAUAGUGUUGC